AUGGGCUACAUGGAUCUGGAUCUUGACACACUACGCUGGACCGGGGUGAAAGAGCGCACCUUCAUUGCAGUUAAACCAGAUGGAGUGCAGAGGAAACGAGUGGGAGAGAUUGUCCAGCGUUUUGAGAAGAAAGGGUUUAAACUAGUGGGCUUUAAGCUUUUGAAGGCAUCUAAGGACCUUUUGAGAGAACACUACUGGGAACACAGGAAUCGGCCUUUUUACAACAGACUGGUGACUUACAUGAGCUCAGGGCCGGUUGUGGCAAUGGUGUGGCAGGGACAAGAUGUUGUCAAGACUGGGCGUGACAUGAUGGGAAAGACCAAUCCGAUCGACUCAAUGCCAGGAACGUUCAGGGGAGAUUUCUGUGUGGAAAUGGGAAGGAAUGUGAUCCAUGGCAGUGACAGCGUGGAGAGUGCGCAGAGGGAGAUCUCACUGUGGUUCAAAGAGUCGGAGCUGUGUGACCGGGAAGUCUGCAGCAACAACUGGAUCUACGACUGA